AUGUCAAUAUAUCUUGAUAAAAGCGAACAAACUUGGAAGGUCAAGAAGGUUAUCUUGGAGCUUAACCACGAGUUAACUCAUGUUGGCAUGGUUCACAUGAUUGCAGAUCACUGUAGUAUGGCGAAUGUCGCAAAAUCUCAAAUAGAUAGAGUGAAUGUACAUGGGAUCUCAACUUCGAAGAUAGUUGGUUACAUGACGGGUAUGGCUGGUAGGUACUCUUUGGUUAGCUUUUUGAAAAAUGAUGCAUAUAACUAUGCUGACAAAAGUCGACGUAAAAAGAUUGUAGACGAUGACGCGAACGCUACUAUAGGGUAUCUGGAGGGUAAGGCUAUUGCGAAUCACAUGUCAAUUAUGAGAUACAACUUAAUCAACGAUCGAAGACUAGGGAAUCUAAUUUGGGCUGAUGGAGGUAGUGGAGUUAAUUACCAAUAUUUUGGUGAUGUACUGGCUUUUGACUCUACGUAUAAGAAGAACAAGUAUAGGCGACCGGUUCUAAUAUUUUUUUUGUUCAAACAACCACAAGCAAACAACUAUCUUUGGGUUUGGGAUUUUCAUGGAUGA